AUGAUACUAAAUUAUAUACUUCAUAAUAAAAAUUCCAAGAAGUAUGAGAAUAAAAUUGGAAAGGUUAAAAAAGAUGAACUAAGCUCUUUAAAAAGUUGUAUUGAAAAUGUGUCUAUUACAUUUAUAUUGUUCGGUUCUAUUAUUAUAAUGAUAAAUCUCUUGGCGAAUAUAUUUUUUAUAGGAAAUUCAACGUUUUCAAGUGUUUAUAAAUUAUAUUCUAUUACGUCUGGAUUAUGGCUAAUCAUUGUUAUAGCUCAAGUGUUAUCAUUUUUGUUUUCCUCAACCUUUUUUGAGAAUUCAACACAUUUGUUUUUAAAUAAUGAAAAAAAAAAUAAAGGGCAUAAAUGGAACCCCUUAAGCACCGCAAUAUUUUUAACCAAUGUAACGGCAUUUAGUUGUGUGUCUAUUCUGUCCUUUUAUGGAAUAUUCUCUUGUAUGAUAAAUGUGUUUAAUAUAACAAAUGGGCGCAUGCUUGCAACAACAGUUUUCAGUUUUUCAGUCAAUUUGAUGUUUCUAGUUUUGCAGUUCUUAUAUAUAUUACUGAAAAUACAUCGAAUUAAAAAUAUAAAAUUCAAUAAUUAUAUGCCACUUUUUUUACCUGGUUUUUCUUGCCUGAUAGAGUCAACUAUAAUGAAUAUAAAAUCUAAAAUAAAAGAGAGUUUAUUAGAUGAAAAAUCGAAAAAGAAAAAACUGAAACAAAAAAAUAAAGACUAUAUUUUACAUCAAGAUGAAAAUUUAUACUUAAUUAAUUAA